AGCACAUUCAGUAUGCUACAGACUCGCUCCUCCACCCUCUCGGGACACAAUAAGCUCUGGUUCCUGACCUUAGCUGUCCUUGUGGUCCUGGCUCAGACAUCCCCAGAGGGAUGGUUCAGAACCUGCUUUUAUGGCUUGGGGAAAUGCAGGCGCAUAUGCAGGGCCAAUGAGAAGAAGAAAGAGAGAUGCGGAGAGAGAACUUUUUGCUGUCUCAGAGAAACAAACUCAAGACUAUCCCACAUUCCAGUGACCAAAGAUCGGGAAAAGGAUGAGUCAUGUUGAGAUCCGAGAAGCCUCAAGGCAUUGGCAAGCCAAGGAGAGAGGCCUGCGGAGAACCAAUCUUCCUUUGGACUUCGUCCCCAGAAUUCUGAGAAAUUAAACUUCUGUUGUUCAACUC